AUGCCAACCACUUUCUUGGCAUCAAAAUUAAAAAAACAUCCAGAUAAGUACUUUCUCUCUCAGCACGCCUAUGCCACUUAUAUCAUUCAGCAGUCUAAUCUGUUUCACUGUAAACCCGCAGCCAACCCUUCGUGUACCAAGCUGCCAAUAGACAUCCCGAUUGAUUCCAAUCUGGAAGACCCGUCUCUAUACAGAAAGCUCACCGGCGCAUUGCAAUAUCUCACAAUCACACGGCCGGACAUUGCCUACGCCGUCAACAACCUCUCGCAACAUAUGCACGAUCCACAGCCAAGUCACAUUCAUUUACUGAAGAGGCUUAUCCGCUACAUAAAAGGAACCACUCACUUCGGUCUCCCGAUCACCAAAUCUGAUCUUCGCCUACGUACAUACUCCGACGCCGAUUGGGCUAGCGAUCCAGUCACUCGCAAAUCCACCUCCGGGUACUGCUCAUUUCUCGGCAGCACAUUGGUUUCGUGGGCAGUCAAGAAGCAAACAACCGUGUCUCGGUCAUCUACUGAAUCCGAGUAUAGGGCACUCGCCGCCGCCGCCGCCGACACCAUCUGGCUCAAGCGGUUGCUCACUGACUUUCGCAUCAACCACAAUCAGCACGUCGAGCUCUACUGUGACAACACUUCGGCUAUUGCCCUCACAAACAAUCCUGUGUUCCAAGCAAGAACCAAGCACAUCAAGAUAGGCCACCGGUUCUUGCGCGAAAAUCUAGCCAACAACUACAUUCGACUUCUUCCCAUCAAAACCGUCGACCAAAUCGCUGAUCUACUGACGAAACCUCUGUCCACACCAAGAUUCAAACUGCUCCGGGACAAACUCACGAUCACUCCAGACUCGUUCGUUUGCGGGGGGCUAUUAGAGAACUAA